UCUCCCCGGGGCCUGGACGGAAGCCGGGCGGGAUCAGCUCGCGUCAAGCGCCUGGCUCAUGGCUGCGUGGUGUCUGGGAGGCCGCCUUGGCCUGCGCGAGUGCUUCGGCACCGCCAGGCUCCUGCGUCCCCGUUUCCAGAGCCGUGGCCCUCAGGGCGUGGAAAACGGGGACAGGCUACAGCCUUCCUCGAAGAUACCCAAAAUCCCCAAGAUUUACACCAAAACAGGAGACAAAGGAUUUUCUAGCACCUUUACAGGAGAAAGGAGGUCCAAAGAUGACCAAGUGUUUGAAGCCGUGGGAACUACAGAUGAAUUAAGUUCAGCUAUUGGGUUUGCCAUGGAACUAAUUGAGGAAAAAGGCCACCCGUUUGCAGAAGAGCUUCAGAAAAUCCAGCGUAUGCUGCAGGACGUUGGCUCCGCCCUGGCGACACCACGCUCCUCGGCCAGGGAGACCCACUUAAAGCACACGGCAUUCGAGGCGGGGUCCAUUCUGGAGCUGGAGCGGUGGAUCGACAUGUAUGCCAGCCAGCUGCCCCCACUCACGGCCUUCAUUCUGCCUUCGGGAGGCAAGAGCAGCUGCGCGCUACACUUCUGUCGCACUGUGUGCCGCCGGGCUGAGAGACGCGUGGUACCUCUUGUCCAGACGGGAGAGACAGAUGCAAACGUGGCCAAGUUCUUAAACAGACUCAGUGAUUAUCUCUUCACAUUAGCCAGAUAUGCAGCCAUGAAGGAAGGGAAACAAGAAAAAAUAUACAAGAAAAAGGACCCACUGGACCGAGCCUGAAAUACCCUGAUAUAACAGAAGGGCACUUGGUAAACCCCUCUGCGGUGCAGAGAGUUUACCUUUCCCCUGUCCUCGUCCUGAAGAUCUCACCCAGAGCUGGACACGGGCCUCUGCACCUUAGCUUUGAUCACACCCCUGCCACUUCCUUCAAGGGACCCUUUGAGGACACUGCUCUCGGCUCUCCUGGGUCUCAGAGGGAAGUGGGAAAGGAAUCAGUGUUGCAGAAAAGGCGAAUAGAGUGACUGCUGUGACGAGAAGGAGCCGUGCUGCAAAAAGAAUAAAAGUGGGAAGGGUGUAA